GCUCCUAUGGGGCAUGGAAACAAGUGAGCAGGCCCACACGGUGGACAAGGAUGAAGACCUGCAUCCACGAGGAUGAGAAGCAAUUCCCGCCCACCCUGCCUAGGAUGACCACCCUGGGAGAAUCCUUCCCCAGGCCCUGGCAGGGCUGCUGACCCCCAGCCUGCAAAACACCCUAAGACCCCCGUGGAUGGUUCCCCGCCCUGCAGCUCCACCAUGCGGCUCCUCGUGGUGCCCCUCCUGCUAGCUUGGGUGGCUGGCGCAGCGGCCGCUGUGCCUGUGGUCCCCUGGCGGGUGCCCUGCCCCCCUCGGUGUGCCUGCCAGAUCCGGCCCUGGUACACGCCGCGCUCGUCCUACCGCGAGGCCACCACCGUGGACUGCAACGACCUCUUCCUGACGGCGGUGCCCCCCGCGCUCCCUGCAGGCACGCAGACCCUGCUCCUGCAGAGCAACAGCAUCGUCCGUGUGGACCAGAGCGAGCUCAGCUACCUGGCCAACUUGACCGAGCUGGAUCUGUCCCAGAACAGCUUUUCGGACGCCCGAGACUGUGACUUCCUGGCCCUGCCGCAGCUGCUGAGCCUGCACCUGGAGGAGAACCAGCUGACCCGGCUGGAGGACCACAGCUUCGCAGGCCUGAGCAGCCUGCAGGAGCUCUAUCUCAACCACAACCAGCUCUACCGGAUCGCGCCCAGGGCCUUCGCCGGCCUCGGCAACCUUCUCCGGCUGCACCUCAACUCCAACCUGCUGAGGGCCAUCGACAGCCGCUGGUUCGAGAUGCUGCCCAACCUGGAGAUCCUCAUGAUCGGCGGUAACAAGGUGGACGCCAUCUUGGACAUGAAUUUCCGGCCUCUCGCCAGCCUGCGCAGCCUCGUGCUCGCCGGCAUGAACCUGCGCGAGAUCUCCGACUACGCCCUGGAGGGGCUGCAGAGCCUGGAGAGCCUCUCCUUCUACGACAACCAGCUGGGCCGUGUGCCCAAGCGGGCGCUGGCGCAGGUGCCCGGGCUCAAGUUCCUGGACCUGAACAAGAACCCUCUGCAGCGCGUGGGACCCGGGGACUUCGCCAACAUGCUGCACCUCAAGGAGCUGGGGCUCAACAACAUGGAGGAGCUGGUCUCCAUUGACAAGUUAGCCCUGGUUAACCUCCCCGAGCUGACCAAGCUGGACAUCACGAACAACCCCCGGCUGUCCUUCAUCCACCCCCGCGCCUUCCACCAUCUGCCCCAGAUGGAGACACUCAUGCUCAACAACAAUGCUCUCAGUGCCUUGCACCAGCAGACGGUGGAGUCCCUGCCCAACCUGCAGGAGGUGGGUCUCCACGGCAACCCCAUCCGCUGCGACUGUGUCAUCCGCUGGGCCAACGCCACGGGCACCCGGGUCCGCUUCAUCGAGCCGCAGUCCACGUUGUGUGCAGAGCCGCCAGACCUCCAGCGCCGGCCUGUCCGAGAGGUGCCCUUCCGGGAGAUGACCGACCACUGUCUGCCCCUCAUCUCCCCGCGCAGCUUCCCCGCCAGCCUGCAGGUGGCCAGCGGCGAGAGCCUGGUGCUGCACUGCCGGGCACUGGCCGAACCGGAGCCUGAGAUCUACUGGGUCACCCCGGCCGGGGUUCGGCUGACAGCCGCGCGCGCGGGGAGGAGGUACCGGGUGUACCCCGAGGGGACGCUGGAGCUGCGCAGGGUGACGCCAGAAGAGGCGGGGCUGUACACCUGCGUGGCCCAGAACCUGGUGGGGGCCGACACGAAGACGGUCAGCGUGGUGGUGGGACGGGCUCGCCUUCAGAGAGACAGGGAUGAGGAAUGGGGGCUGGAGCUGCGGGUGCAGGAGACGCACCCCUACCACAUCCUGCUCAGCUGGGUCCCACCACCCAACACAGUCUCCACCAACCUCACUUGGUCCAGCGCCUCCUCCCUCCGGGACCGGGGGGCUGCGGCUCUGGCCCGCUUGCCCCGGGACACCCACAGCUACAACAUCACCCGCCUCCUUCAGGCCACUGAGUACUGGGCCUGUCUGCAAGUGGCUUUUGCUGAUGCCCACACCCAGUUGGCCUGUGUAUGGGCCAGGACUAAGGAGGCCACUCCUUGCCACAGAGCCUUAGGGGACCGUCCUGGGCUCAUAGCCAUCCUGGCUCUUGCCAUCCUCCUGCUGGCAGCUGGGCUGGUGACCCACCUUGGCACAGGCCAGCCCAAGGAAGAGCUGGGCAGGCGGCCCCUCCUUCCAGCCUGGGCGUUUUGGGGCUGGAGUGGCCCUACUGUCCGCGUGGUGUCUGCACCUGUUGUCCUGCCCUGGAAUCCAGGGAGGAAGCUGUCGAGACCCUCAGAUGGGGAGAUGCUGUUGCCACCAUUGUCUCAGAACUCGUGA